AUGGCUCGCCCAGGACCGCGAAGGUAUGGCCAAGCUAAGCAGGCAGUAGAGACGACGCCGGUGCACAAGCGCGGUCCCGCAACCGCUGCGUCUUCUUCGACCGCCAGCGUGAUCACGACUAUCGACUCUGACUCUGACGAACGUAUGACGACCCAUCACGCACACACAACAGGCACGACGACACCCACCACGUCCCUGUACGACUCACCCGCAGCAGACAAGCUCGAGCAUGACCGAUCUGCCCACACGACGCGACCGCACGACCACCUGCCUUAUUCUAAUCAGAGCGGCGUACUGCCAUCCGAGAGGCACAACAAUGUCGAUGACAUAGGCGACUCUGGAAGCGAAGAUGAAGUCGAUGAGCCUGCCACGGUGCCUCAUGAUCAGCCAAGCGAGGAUGAGCUCGAGCAGGCAGAUGAACUUGCCCAUAUUGUUGACCACAAGAUUCAUCCUCGCCGCCCAAAAGGCGAAGAUGAUGACGAGGAAGAUGAGCCGGCUCAUAAGCACGUCGAGAUUUCGGGCAAGCUAGCAGCUCCCGUCGCGUCAAGCUCCUCGCGAGGCACGCCCAGACGUCGCGCUGCUGCCAGCGUCAAAAGCUAUCGCCUGCCUGAUCCAGAGACAAGCGACUCUGACAGCGAAGGCGAUGCUGACUACAAAGAUGGUGUUGACAAUAUCGACGCUCAGUCUGCUUCCAUCUCGGACGACGCCGAGUCAGAUCUCGAGCCCGCUGUAGCAAGCAAAGCGAUUGUCGACAAAGGCAAAGGCAAGAGCAAAGUCGUCAUCAGUGAAGAUGAAGAUACACCUGAAGUCGAUCAGAAGCCGAAGAGGCCUGCAGCUGCUCGGAGGGUCUCCUCGACCUUGUCUGCUGCCGACUUUGUCCCCGAUAACCUGCCUGAGCAAUACGUAGCUCAGGUGUUCUCACUCGUCGGCAUGGGCAAGCUACAGGAGGCUCAAGAUCUUAUAGCGUCUGCUCUCGUUCAAGGCUCGAGCUCGUCGGACUCAGAUGUGCCAGAUGGCCCGAGCUCUGCCGCGGCUCAGUCCAAAAGACUUACAUCGAUGAACAGUAAGAGGACGGCUCCUAAAGGCCGCAAGAUGAAGCCUUUACCAAAGCGAGCUACGAGUGUUGAGGGCAUGGAUGCCAUGUUCGACUCGCUGACUAAAAUGGGGAAAGGCGUCGCGCCGGCUGCCAAAAAGAAGGGAAAAGCAAAAGCCAAAGUGAAGACGCCUGCUCGCUCGCCAUCUGCCGAGGGUGUCUUUGCUGAUGACGGCUCGGCUUCAGAGGAUGAUUCUGAUCUGUCGUCACUUGCGAGCGAGUCUGAUCUCGAAGCGCCUACAACCGUGCGAGCAGACGGCAGGAAGAAGCGAAAGCGCGCAGCCGUCAAGAAGGGACCUCGGUUGACAUGGCAGGAGAAAACACACCUCAAGCUGAUGGAACAUCAUCCGGAGCUCAGAGACGUCUGGGGUGACGUGGAAGCCCAGGUCAAAGUAGUGGAGCCUAUCAAGGCAAAACAGCCCGUUGGCUUAUCGCUCAAGAUGCUUCCCUUCCAGCUAGAGGGUCUCUACUGGAUGAAACAGCAGGAAAAGGGCCUGUGGUCAGGCGGGGUGCUGGCAGACGAGAUGGGCAUGGGCAAAACCAUUCAGACUCUCUCGCUCAUCCUGUCAGACUAUCAACCCGGUUCUGGCAGAUAUACUCUCAUCGUUGCGCCUACGGUAGCCAUCAUGCAGUGGCGUAACGAGAUCGACAAGUUUACUUCCAAUGUCAGAGUAUGUGUCUGGCAUGGAGGCAGCAGAACGGGCAACAUGCAGGAACUCAAAUCGCACGAUAUUAUCUUGACGAGCUACGCUGUGCUCGAGUCUGCUUUCAGACGGCAGCAUUCGGGCUUUAGGAGGAAUGGCGAGAUCCGCAAGGAGAAGUCAUUGCUGCAUCAGAUCCAAUGGCAUCGCGUCAUUCUUGACGAAGCCCACAACAUCAAGGAGCGAAGCUGCAACACCGCUAAGGCUGCCUUUGCGCUUGAUGCACAGUUCCGCUGGUGCCUGUCUGGGACGCCGCUACAGAAUCGAGUCGGCGAACUAUACUCGCUCAUUCGAUUUUUGGGCGCAGAGCCCUUUGCACAUUACUUCUGCAAGGCUUGCGACUGUCGAUCACUGCAUUGGUCAUUCAAGGAUCAAAGGCACUGCAAUCAAUGCGGGCAUACACCAAUGCAGCACGUCUGCUUCUGGAACAACGAGAUCUUGAAGCCGAUCCAGAAACAUGGUGCCCAGCCGGGUUCGCCCGGCCAGAAAGCGUUCGCAAAGCUAAAGAUUCUGCUCGAUCGCAUGAUGCUUCGGCGCACCAAGGCAAGCCGCGCUGAUGACCUCGGAUUGCCGCCUCGUGAGAUGACCGUUCGACGCGAUUACUUUACAGAAGAAGAGGAGGAACUCUACACCAGUUUGUAUAAGAGUGUUCAGCGCAAGUUCUCGACAUUCCUCGAUGCCAAUACAGUGCUCAACAACUAUUCAAACAUCUUUACGCUCAUCACUCGCAUGCGUCAGAUGGCAGAUCAUCCCGAUCUUGUGCUCAAGUCAAAAACAGCCAAGGGGCUCAGUUCUGCGCUCGAAGCGUCUGGCCAGAUUACAGAUAUUCAUACUUGUCGAAUCUGUCUGGACGAAGCCGAGGAUCCGAUCAUCAGUGCAAAGUGCAAGCACGUCUUUUGCAGAGAAUGUGCUCGGCAGUACAUCGAUUCUGCGAUACACGGGGUCACGCCGGAUUGUCCAGUCUGUCAUCUACCCUUGUCGAUCGAUUUAGAGCAAGAGACGAUUGAAGACGUCGAUGAGAAGCAAGCCCGUCAAGGCAUGCUGUCACGUAUCGAUCCUGGGAAAUGGCGCACAAGUACCAAGAUUGAAGCCAUCGUGGAGGAGCUCAGCAAGACGCGCAACGAGAAUCAUACGCUCAAGACAUUGAUAUUCUCUCAGUUUACUAGCUUCCUCGACAUUCUGGCUCGUCGUCUGCAACUCGCAGGCUACAAAAUUGCUCGUUUGCAAGGCAGUAUGACGCCCGAAGCCCGCAAUCGCACGAUCAAUUAUUUCACAGAGACGACGGAUUGCACGGUCUUCUUGCUCUCACUCAAAGCAGGUGGCGUAGCACUCAACCUGGUAGAGGCAUCACGCGUCAUCCUCUGCGAUCCUUGGUGGAAUCCUGCUGUCGAGCUACAAGCUGCCGAUCGUGUGCACCGUCUGGGGCAGCACAGACCUGUCAAGGUUCUCAGAGUCAUCAUCGAGAACUCGAUCGAAAGUCGUAUCAUUCAGUUGCAAGACAAGAAGCGUUCGAUGAGCGCUGCUGCUCUCGGCGAUUCAGAGGAAGCACUCGGCAAGCUUACGCCGGAGGACCUGUCGUUCCUUUUCCAGUAUGUCUCUGUUACAUUGAGUGAGAGUUUGCUGACAUGGCUGACAGGAUGUAAGCGGAUAUAUGUCAAGCAAUGUAGAAUGCAGAUUCGUGCGAAUAGAUCUCGUUCUAGUUUACAAUUAGGCGCCGAGUACAAAUGUACGAUUGUUGACAGAUGA